UUGGAUCUCAAAUACAUUUAUAUAUGCGUGGGGAAAUUAUUUAGCAUAGCCUUGGAUACUUUGACCACAAUCGUCAUGAACUCUGAAAAGCCCAAUUUUCUAUCCCAACCUGUCGUGAAGAACAUUUUCGUGUAUCGAAAUGGAGAUCCCUUUUACGAGGCUCGCCGGUUAGUGGUAAACCAAAAGAGAGUGUCCAAUUUUGACACUUUUCUUCGAGAUGUGACGGGGGGUGUGCAGGCUCCGUUCGGAGCGGUUCGGAACAUCUACACCCCUAAAAUGGGGCAUCGGGUGGCCUGCCUGGACCACCUGCAGAGCGGGGAACAAUAUGUCGCUGCCGGGAGAGAGAAAUUCAAGAAAUUGGAUUACUCACAGAUAGGAUCCAGAAAGAAAAAGAUGCUUCAAACUAUUUCAGGGCAGCCUUACCCACAGGCUAAACCGGUGCCCCAGAGUCGAAUCAUUGUAUCAGCAAGAUUCCUGAAACCCAUCAAAGAGCCCUGUGCGAUUUUUGUGGUAGCGAAUGGUGAUGUGUUGAACCCAGCUUUAAGGCUGCUGAUACCCCAGCGGAUACUUGGCCAGUAUGACAGGGUUCUGGAGAUGAUCACGGACAAAAUGGGCUUGAGAAUCCUGGGGUGUGUACGAAGCCUUUAUACCUUUGAUGGAAAUCAUGUGAAUGAUGGAAAGGACUUGGAGAGUGGACAGUUUUACGUGGCUGUUGGGAGAGACAAGUUUAAAAGGCUUCCUUACAGUGACCUUCUGUUCACCAAACCAGGGGGAAUACGAAGGACUAUAGGAUCCAAAGCUUCCUCAUUACCUCCCAUAUACAGAUUUGGAAAGCAAAACAGAAACGGUUUGACGGUCCACCACAGUAAGUCUAUAGUGCAGUGCAGCGAGCCAGCAGACUCGAAGAUAUCUGCGCGUGACAAGGACCGCACGUCGUCCAUCGUCAGGGAGAUCUCCCAGCGGAGACUCAUAAUCCUCAGGAAGAGGAGGAGUGGUCUCAGCAUCUCCCUGGGAACACAGGACAACGACGGGGAGGUGCAGACUGAUGAAUGCCCUUUAGAGAAUGAAGACCAGUCUCCACAGAGUGACCUAUCCACUGAAGAGAUUAGACAUACCUCUCCACAGAGUGACCUGUCCACUGAAGAGGUUAGACAUACCUCUCCACAGAGUGACCUGUCCACUGAAGAGGUUAGACAUACCUCUCCACAGAGUGACCUGUCCACUGAAGAGGUUAGACAUACCUCUCCACAGAGUGACCUGUCCACUGAACUGGUUAGACAUACCUCUUCACAGAGUGACCUGUCCACUGAACUGGUUAGACAUACCUCUCCACAGAGUGACCUGUCCACUGAAGAGAAGCCAACAGAGGACAUUAUAUCUACUGACACAGAGGAGAGUCCAGAGGGAGAAGAAGGUGUAAAGGAGGAGACUGCAGAAGCUGAGAACUCCACAGAGGAACAAGGUGAUAACAAGGAAGACUCUACUAAGACCACAGAGGUACAAGGUGAUAACAAGGAAGACUCUACUAAGACCACAGAGGAACAAGGUGAUAACGAGGAAGACUGUACUAAGACCACAGAGGAACAAGGUGAUAACAAGGAAGACUGUACUAAGACCACAGAGGAACAAGGUGAUAACGAGGAAGACUCUACUAAGACCACAGAGGAACAAGAUGAUAACAAGGAAGAUUCUACUAAGACCACAGAGGAACAAGGUGAUAACAAGGAAGACUCUACUAAGACCACAGAGGAACAAGGUGAUAACAAGGAAGACUGUACUAAGACCACAGAGGAACAAGGUGAUAACAAGGAAGACUCUACUAAGACCACAGAGGAACAAGGUGAUAACAAGGAAGACUGUACUAAGACCACAGAGGAACAAGGUGAUAACAAGGAAGACUCUACUAAGACCACAGAGGAACAAGGUGAUAACAAGGAAGAUUCUACUAAGACCACAGAGGAACAAGGUGAUAACAAGGAAGACUGUACUAAGACCACAGAGGAACAAGGUGAUAACAAGGAAGACUCUACUAAGACCACAGAGGAACAAGGUGAUAACAAGGAAGAUUCUACUAAGACCACAGAGGAACAAGGUGAUAACAAGGAAGACUCUACUAAGACCACAGAGGAACAAGGUGAUAACAAGGAAGACUCUACUAAGACCACAGAGGAACAAGGUGAUAACAAGGAAGACUCUACUAAGACCACAGAGGAACAAGGUGAUAACAAGGAAGACUCUACUAAGACCACAGAGGAACAAGGUGAUAAGAAGGAAGACUCUACUAAGACCACAGAGGAACAAGGUGAUAACAAGGAAGACUCUACUAAGACCACAGAGGAACAAGGUGAUAACAAGGAAGACUCUACUAAGACCACAGAGGAACAAGGUGAUAACAAGGAAGACUCUACUAAGACCACAGAGGAACAAGGUGAUAACAAGGAAGACUGUACUAAGACCACAGAGGAACAAGGUGAUAACGAGGAAGACUCUACUAAGACCACAGAGGAACAAGGUGAUAACAAGGAAGAUUCUACUAAGACCACAGAGGAACAAGGUGAUAACAAGGAAGACUCUACUAAGACCACAGAGGAACAAGGUGAUAACAAGGAAGACUCUACAGACAGUGUGGUUGGGGAGAAGAGCCUGCAGACCAAGCUACAGGGGAGUCUGGAGAAUCUGGUCCUGGAGGAAUGAAGGAUGGAGAGGGGAAGGAGGGAGAGAAGGAGGAGGCGGCACCGGAUAAAGCUGAGGAGGGUGGAGAAGCAGGGGAGGACGGUCCAUCUUCAACAGAUGGAAAAGAGGAGAAAGAGAAAGUGGACAGAGGACGAGAUUAUUCAUACCAUGAGGAAAAGAGAGAUGAGGAGGAAGUAGACAAAGAACCUGGAACUGAGACCGAUUCUGAGACAGAGGAGGGAGGAAGUAGACAAGGAACCUGGAACUGAGACAGAUUCUGAGACGGAGGAGGGAGGAAGUAGACAAGGAACCUGGAACUGAGACAGAUUCUGAGACAGAGGAGGGAGGAAGUAGACAAGGAACCUGGAACUGAGACAGAUUCUGAGACAGAGGAGGGAGGAAGUAGACAAGGAACCUGGAACUGAGACAGAUUCUGAGACGGAGGGGGGAGGAAGUAGACAAGGAACCUGGAACUGAGACAGAUUCUGAGACAGAGGAGGGAGGAAGUAGACAAGGAACCUGGAACUGAGACAGAUUCUGAGACAGAGGAGGGAGGAAGUGAAAAAGAAGAUACAACGAAAUAAAAAUUAAAAGAGGGUGAUGCUUCGGAGACAGGAGAAGAUAGAGAGGUUAAUGGAGAGAAGGAUGCAGGUAAAAAGGAAGAGGAGGAAGAUGCAGCUACUUCAAAAGAUGCAAAAGACAGACGAGUCUGCAAAGGAGAAAGGAGAGGGGGUGAGAAAGAGGAGAGAAACGAGGAGGGAGAAUCAGAAUCCCAUUCCAGUGAAGAGGAAGAAACGGAGACCAAGUAAAAGGUUCUAAUUAGAAAAGUAAAGAAGCAAAGAAGUGCUGAAGUGGUGUUUAGAAAAGCCUUAGGGUCAAGGGUGGUAAGACAAACAUGUAGGAAACAAAGAAAAAUAUGAUUAUAAUCGAAGACAAAAAACUAUAUUAGAUACAGGGUUCUCACCAGGAUUUUUUAACAAGGUGGUGCUGCUGAACAAAGCGCCCCUCUUACAUUCUUUGGGGAAUACCCUGGAUAUCAUAUUACAUUUACGUCAUUUAGCAGACGCUCUUAUCCAGAGCGACUUAUAGUUAGUGAGUGCAUACAUUUUUCA